UUGUCGAGUUCUAGGCUUCCGUCUACAAACAUUUCACAGUAUCUGGGUUACCUGAUCACUACGUGGAUAUGAGGCCUGUCAUGUCAACGCGGUGGACGGAUACUAGUUACAAACUGAGAACCCCUGGUGGUGUGAUGGGUGAUGCGCAGAACGUGGAAGAGUGGAAGAAGCUCAUCUCUCGAACAACAUAUCACCAAUAUGCACGCAGAGAGAUCAAACACGAGAAUUCAGCGUUUAUUAUCAAUAUAGACAUCAUAGUACUGGAAGUGACAUUGAUAACCACAUACGCUGCAUGUGAAAAUUUGUCAUUUAUUUUUCGUGAGUGGUGGAAUUAAACUGAAACAGAAGCAGACAAGAAUUUGUUGAGUUACGUUCGUGUUUCAAAGCCUCACAACUUUGUAACUUCCUACCUACUUUCGUAUACAAAUCUACUGAGUAUUCUGCGAUAAAAUUAAAUUGUUAAGCUGCCAUCUAUAGUGUAACAUCAGGAUGCGAAACCUAUAUAUCCGAUCCAGAACAAAUCUGUUGCAGACAUUGAGUACACUUCCACAUAAUCUGUAGUUACAUGUAUCUCCCCAACCAUACAAAACAAUAAAAGAAAUAAGCAUAUUUCUUUUGAGACAUCGGUUCUCUGGGGAUGUUCGUGUUGACUGCAUAUGUUCCAUUCUAUAAAAGAAAUACUUGAAAAUGUGGACCUUGUGCAGAGACCUCGGAUAAAAGUAACACGUGCCAAGUUUCUGUAAUAUCCCGUCGUUGAGUGAAGUGAAGUGGCUCUCCUACAUAUUAAGUUCCGCUUGUCACACAGUCAAAUAAGGCAGAGCUCACGAAAAAUGAAGGAACAACAAGUGAAAAUUCGUUAUAUUAUAAACGUGACUCCAGUAAAAUAUUACGUAACAUAAAGAACAAUCUAGUUCCAGAGCAUUCCAUUCUACGACAAUGGCUUCAUUGAUUCCUCUAGAAACUUCACCGAAAGGGAACCACAGCGAAGAAGGCCCCUCUGAAAGUCACGAUUCUGGAUUUACAGGCGUCGCUGCAAGUCAGUUACAGACCAUGCACCGAAAUAUUGACAACAUCACGACACGCGUCUCCCCGCGUCUUGACUCGGCGCCUUUAGUCGUGGCUGCAGCCGUUCUUCUGGUGUUCGUUCUGUCGCCGAUGAUACUUUGCGGUAACUCCCUCAUCCUUACUGCCGUCUACAGGUUCAAAAGACUACGGACCCCGAGCAACUACCUUCUCGCCUCUCUUGCAUCCUCCGAUCUGGGUGUAGGACUGUUUUUGCCUGUAGGCAUGUACCUGGAACUCACUUCUUCCAAUAGUGACAGUGUUGGAGAGACUGUGAAUAUAGGAUUAUGCCUCAUACCAUAUUGUUUGGCCAUUUCGCUGUGUAGUGUUUCCGUGCUUGUAAUGGCUGCUAUAGCUGUGGACAGAUUUACGUCUCUAGCACAACCUCUGAGGUACAACAAUCUCAUCACACACACAUCGGUAGAGCGAUACAUCGCUGCGUUCUGGUUGUACGCGCUGUUAGUGGGAUUUUCGCCUCUAGUCUACAGCCAGUGCAUCGCAGCGAGUUCGUCGUUGUACGACCGCAACUGUUCAUUUGGCUCCGUUGUAGCCACUCCCGUUCAGCUAUUCCUCUUCUGCUCUGUGUACGGCCCCAGCGCGCUCAUCCUGCUGGGUUGCUAUUGCUACAUCUACGUGGUGGCAAGGUACCAUGCCAGAGCGAUCUACUCCGUCGAACUAUCCCUCAGACAGCACCAGGACGGUUCUCACUGCCGCUACGGACAGACGCUGGCAAUCACAGUAGGCUUCUUCAUCUGUCUCUGGCUGCCUUUCCAGGUCUGUAUGUUACUGGACAUAUUUCGUGGGACUCGUAUCCUGAGCGAAUGGACGUCCAUCUAUCUCGCCCUUCCAGUUUUCGCAAGCAGCGCAGUAAAUCCGUGGGUAUACGGUUACCGGAACUCGGAAGUACGAACUUCUGUUCAGAGAGUAAUGGAGGAACUUCUGACCAGAUUAGGCUUCGUUCCUUCACACUACGGCUGCUCUGAACUUCUUGCGGCUGCUAAUGCAGACCAGGCCGAACUCAACAGCUUUGCGUCCCAUGUCCGCCUCUGUGCGGUCUCGCCAAAUCGAACCACCCUUCUCCUCAUCCCCUCGACACGACAGGACACAGCUGAGGGAAGCACAGCAGUGACCUCCGUCAAGGAAACGGUUGUGCAUCUAGAACUUCCGCCUGAGACACUGACCAACGGCGAAAAAGUUGUCAUGUAACGCGCGGAUUCGCUGAACAAGCACAAACUAAUGACAACUAGGGGAUAAGUUUGAAAUGAACACGAUUGUGUGUAUGGAAGUGAAUGGUGUGUUCAUAUUUUUGUUUAUACGUGAUAUAUUAACAUCUAUAAAGAAUUAAAUAGUCUCUGAAUUAUA